UUCAUUUGAUACGCUCGCGGUCGUCUCUAGCACUUCAUACACAUCUCAUACACACAAAAAUUUCGUUUUCGCUUCUUCGAUUUCGGUUGCAACUAUUCGUUUGACGUUUUCUUAGCUCUGCAUUGCUUCGCUUGAAUCGACGUGCAAUACAAAACAGUGUGAUGUGCUAAGCUGGAAUUGUUACAAAAAGCAUUUUUAAAAAAAAUUUUAUCUGGUAUUAGUGUAUUGUUGUUUUGGAAAUAACUGUCAGUGAGUGUUGAAUAUUCUUUCCUCAAGGUGUGAAAAACUACUAGACAAGCGCGAUUUUUUAUGAAUGCGCUGAGUUACCUUUUACCAAAAGGAAAAAUUCUGACAAAUUCUGUUUUUUUAUUCAGAAAAAAUGAGAAAUUCUUUUGCAAAAAUAAUCAAUACAGGAAAAGUCUCAUGCACAGAGAUAGUCGCCGCCAGUAUGAACAAGCGAUUGUAAUCGGAGGAAAGAAGUAAAGCAGGAAGGAUAAAUAUUGAGGAGGCAUUUGUUAUUUGCAGUGAAGGGCGUGACAAGUGGAAAUGCAAAAAAUUGGAUGCACGGAGUAAUAAAUAUUUGAACCAAUAUCACGGUUCUCGCACACGUGCCACUUCUACACCCACAUAGGCUCAGCGCAUAAAUGCACACCAUCUUUAGCCCACCAACGACAAAAUAAGUGAAAAACAUCAAAAAUAAAAACAGUGCAAAAAAGCGAAUGAUAGUCGAAAAUGGCUGACUGGGAAUAAAUGCUGAAAAUGACAAUAUCCGAAACAGCGGAAGCGGAUGUCAGCGCGGAAACAAAAGCAAACGUAGUAGAGGUGACAGCAGCAACAUAAAGGGCAUAACAACUGCGAACGCCACACCACCGAGCUUCCUCUAACCCAGCACGAAUCGGCAAUUGGCACACAAAUAUGCCACUCACAAUGGAGGCACACACACACACGGCAAGUCUCGGCAGCGACGAUGGCAGCACAAGCAAUGAAUUAUUGAGCAAUGCCAUCGACGACCACAACAACAGCGACAGCAUCGCUAGCAACAAUUUGACCGCCACUAUCACAUCGAUCCGCUCGAAUGUGACGCGCGUGUUGUACAUGUACUUUCAAAAUGUCACCGACGAGCAUGGCUACGGUGCCGCCACGACGCCAAUGACAACAACAACAACCAGCAACAGCAGCACUAGUGGCAUCAGUAGAUCCACAACAACGGAGCGGCUGCCCAGUGGCAAUGUAACUGAUACGUUAAUUGGCAGCGAUUUAUCCGCGACGGGUGAAAAGGUAGGUGCCACACUCCUCAGCACCGCCAAAACAUUGCUGCAAGCGCCACUCAAUGCGUCCAGCACGACGACCAGCCUACUGACGUCGGCGUCCACGAACAUGUCUCGGGCUGCUACGGCGUUCGCCAAUGCCACAAUGUCUAUUUCGUCCUCCGCUGCUUCCUACGCCACCGAGCUGCUAAAUGCGUCCACGACCACCACGGCGUCGACGAGUGGGAGCGCGACGAGCGCGGUCAAAGGCAGCGCCGUAUUAACCACCGCGCCCAGCAUCAUUUACCCGCCCUAUCAGGUCGCCAUACGCAGCUAUGAGAAUUGCUCGGCGCUCUUCGCCAAUUAUACGCGCCCGCAGAAUGGCAUAUUCUGCAAUUGGACUUGGGAUCUGUUCCUCUGUUGGCCUCCGACACCGGCUGGCGUUUUGGCGCGCAUGCAUUGUCCACCGGUUGGGCAUGGCAUUGACACAACAAAGUUCGCUAAUCGCAAGUGUGAGCUGGAUGGCAGUUGGGGCCGUCGUCCCAAUGACACACAGAACAGCACUCACGGCUGGACGGACUAUCAGCCCUGCUUCAAGCCGGAAGUCAACGACAUGCUGCAGCGAGUGGAAAAUAUCGAUGUCUUCCUGGACAUUGCCCGUCGCACGCGCACCCUUGAGAUUGUCGGCCUCAUCCUUUCGCUGAUCGCUUUAAUACUCUCGCUCAUCAUUUUUUGCAAUUUCUCGUCGCUACGCAACAAUCGCACGAAAAUUCACAAGAAUCUCUUCAUCGCUAUGGUCUGCCAAGUGAUCAUACGACUGACCCUGUAUCUCGAUCAGGCAUUUCGGCGCGGCAGUCAGCCGCCAACAGCAAAUACGAGUACAGCGGGUAUCGAAAAUACGCCCUACCUCUGCGAGGCCUCCUAUGUGCUCCUCGAGUACGCUCGCACCGCCAUGUUCAUGUGGAUGUUCAUCGAGGGUCUGUACCUGCACAAUAUGGUGACGGUGGCGGUAUUUCAGGGCCGCUUUCCGCACGCCAUCUUCUCGCUACUCGGCUGGGGCUUGCCCGUCUUAAUGACCACCGUCUGGGCGAUAUGUACCGCCCUGUACACGGACAGCGCGCACGACUGCCUAUGGAACUACAACUUGACGCCGUACUAUUGGAUACUGGAGGGGCCACGUAUCAUUGUUAUAUUGCUGAACUUCUUCUUCCUCAUGAACAUCAUACGCGUAUUGGUAAUGAAAUUGCGCCAGAGCCAAGCCAGUGAUAUCGAGCAGACGCGCAAGGCAGUACGGGCGGCCAUUGUGCUGCUGCCGCUGCUGGGUAUCACAAAUUUAUUGUACCAAGUACCUGCGUUGAACCUGAAGCCGCCAUGGAAAUUCGCCAUGUGGUCCUACAUUACACAUUUCCUAACCUCUUUUCAGGGAUUUUUCAUCGCCUUAAUCUAUUGUUUCCUAAAUGGUGAGGUACGCACCGUUCUACUAAAAAGCCUCGCCGUCUACAUGUCGGUACGCGGCCACCCCGAAUGGGUGCCGAAGCGUGCCUCAAUGUUCUCCGGUGCCUACAACACUGCACCCGAUACCGAGGCGCAAGCUGGUGGCACGCCACAGGAUGGCAAAAGAAAUGAUCACUCGCCCAACACGCGCCGCUUGAAUGGCCGCAGAUACAGCGCCGCCGCCACCGGCACACACUUACCCGCGCGUCGCCUAUCCAGUGGCAGCACUUAUCGGCAGCAGCGUAGGAUCAGCAAUCACAACAACAAUAACAACAAUAAUGUGGGCGCACAGCCUGCGCGCAUGCAGAACAGCAACGGCGGUGGUGGCGGCGGCAACGGCAGCAGCUGGCUCCUAACGCUGUGCUUUGGCGGCCAAAAGAACAAAUGUGUGAUGUCUAGCAAAAAAAUGCCUACACAAAUAUUUAUGACAACAAAACCGAAAACGUCAGCAAUUUACGCCACUGAAGUGGAGCGUCAAUGAGCAGGAAAUGACGCGUCUCGCAUUGGAAGCCUGAUUUGAAGCUAAGAAAUUCGAAAAAAUGCGUUUAGUCUAAUAACUAACACACAUAAAUAUAUAUUUACAUACAUACACACAUACAUACGCAUAAAUCAUAAAAAGUGAAAAAAAAACUAAGGAAUUGAGCAGCAGAUGCCGCUGUCUGCUGUGUGAUGAAAAUGGAAUAGUUAGAGAAUUUAUGAAAGCAGAUCGAACGAAGGCGGAAGGAGUUGUGCAGUCCUCGAAGCUGCUGAAUCGAAAAUUUCCUAGAGUUCCGCGCAUUAUAGAAGAAAAAGGCUUUGACCUACAUACAUUCGCACCGAGCCAUUGCCGCGCCAGCUGUCAGAGGGGAAAAUACUCAGCAAUAAAGCUCUGGCGAAAGCUCCUAGAUGACUUUAGCGCCAAUUAAAGUUAAUCGAAUAGCAGAAUAUUCUAUUUCAAAUUUCGGUAAUGGAAAAUUUGCGCCUAACUCCGAUCGACUUCGCUUAACUUCCGAUUCGUGGGCAGCGACUGUGCGAAAGUAUCAUAAAUAGCGUAAGUUGAUAGGUUCCACUACAAAAACGCGCAUAAUUAGGGUAAUUAUUUUAAAAAUCACUUCGUUUCGGUUUGGAAAAACAACUGAAAGCUCCUAUUUGUAAAGUAACUAUUUUGUAAAUGCAAAUAAAUUCAACCGAAACGCAUCAAGCGGGCGCUCGAAGUGCUAACUGUAGUUAAUAUUUAAUUUCCAAUUAGCUAUUUUUGAAAAUGUUUAGAAAAUUUGCAUAGAGUGUGGAAACACGCCAAGUUAAAAGCUUACCGGAGAAAGUUGCGUCACCAAGAACUCCCAAAAGUAGGCAGCCAGCAUAACUAAAGUAAGCGCUUAAUUUAGUCUACUUUUAGGUGUCGUCUUUUGCCGCCGCUACUUAAUUUGUGGAGAGCAAAUAAAAACUCACAAAAGUAUACUUUUAGUUACACUGAGCUAAACAAAAUCGCAACAAAUUCAAAUCAAACAAAGAGCGCCAACAACUUAACAAAAAACAAAAAAAAGAAAAACAGAAAUCUGAUAUAAACAUUUAAUACAUUCAUAAUACUGAUUAUGUAAGGUAUAGCUCAAAAGCCCACAGGGUACCUUAUUGGUUAUCCCACUAACCAUUAGACAGUAGUGAAAAUUAUAUUUACAAAAACAAUGAUAAACAAAUGUUUAAAAAAUAUUUAUAUAGAGUAACUAUUAAAUCAGAAAAUCUAUUUACAAACUAUUCACAUACAAAUAAGGCAAAGCUAAAUUUUGAAAAUACAUACAUACACAUAACGGUAUUAACUAACUAAGCCAAACCCUCAUAUCCAGUAGAACUAAAACAAUUGCAAGGCAAAAGAAACCAAUUCAAAGGUUUUAGCUCGUAAGGGCAUGCAUGCAAACAUAUACAUACACAUGCACACAUACAUGGGCGUAUCUAUGGAAAAGGAUAUACAGAGCAGAGCGCGAUAAACGAGUUUCGUUUUAAUAUUCGAUAAAUGUAAAGAUUAUGGCGAAAUAUUGGGUGAAAUCUUAUUGAAAAUUCAUUAAAGGUAUCGAACGAAAUUUUAAAACAUUUUUAAUGGAAAAUUUUUGAGCGCAAAUACAAGUACUUUUUUAGUUUGAACAGGAUGUGGAUUAUAUACAUUUUAAUUGUAUUUAUUUAACUUUGAUUACUAAA